CUCAUCAUGGCUUCUCUAGUUUCUUUGAAGCGAAAGUUUGUCGCUGAUGGUGUCUUCAAGGCUGAACUUGAUGAAUUUUUGAGGAGAGAGUUAGCCGAAGAUGGCUACUCUGGUGUUGAAGUUAGGACAACUCCAACUAAAACUGAAAUUAUCAUCUCUGCGACUAGGACUAAUUUAGUUCUUGGUGAAAAAAACCGCAGGAUUCGAGAAUUAACUCGUUUAGUCACAAUGAGAUUUAACUUUCCUGAGAACUCUGUUGCGCUCUAUGCAGAGAAAGUAGCAAACAGGGGCUUGUGUGCUACUGCCCAGGCUGAAUCUUUAAGGUUCAAGCUUCUCGGGGGGCUCGCUAUUCGCAGAGCCUGCUAUGGCGUAUUACGCUAUAUUAUGCAGAAUGGCGCUCAAGGAUGCGAGAUCAUAAUUUCUGGCAAACUUAGAGGCCAGAGAGCAAAAGCAAUGGAAUUUGUGGAAGGACUCAUGAUUCAUUCUGGAGAUCCGGUCAACACAUAUGUCAACACUGCAACAAGACAUGUGCUCUUGAGGCAGGGAGUCGUUGAUAUCAAGAUAAAAAUAAUGUUGCCUCACGAUGCCACAGGCAAAAUUAGACCUAAAAACCCUCUUCCUGACAAAAUUGUGAUAAGUGAGCCCAAAGAAGAGCCUCUUCCAGAGUCCCCCAGAACAUAGUUAAAAGCGAAUAGUGAUGAACCAAAAGAACCUUCUCCUAAAGAAGAAUGAUCAUUCAAUAAAAGAACUCUGUACAUAAGUUAAAAAUAAAGUUGAGUUAAAAUAUGAAAAAGAAGAGAAUGACGAAUCCCUCAUCAAUUCUAAACAUAAGAGUAUUGGCGAUAUUCUCGCGGAUUCUGAUUCAGAAGUUGAAAGUAUGGAGACUGACGAGCCUAAACCAAAGAAGAAGAGAAGGAAUGAGAACUAUAUCCAAGAGGAUCCCGAUUCAAUUGUUGAUUUAGCUGAUCCAACUGCAGUAGGAAAAGUUUCAACAUCGAAACCAGUUCCCAAAAUUGAGAAAGAGGAAGAAAUCAAGAAAAAAGAAAAAGACAGGGGUUUCAAAACUGGCAAUGAUGGAAGGUUGAUAAUAAAAGAGAAUUCAUCAGAUAGUGAAACUGAUGAGAAGAAAAACAAAAUCAGUUUUGAUGCAUCUGAUUCAGAAGAGGAAAGCAUUGUAACUAUGCCACUAACAAACCGAAAAAGGAAACGAUCUGAUACUGCCAGCAUGGCUAGUGGUUUUACUGCAACUACUAGCAAGAGUUCUAAAUAUAAACAUGGCGGAGUUGGUAUCCAUAGAGCUUUGGAUACAUCAUCUCUUCGAAGUGGAACCACUGCUGGUUCAGAAUAUAGAUCAAAGAAGGCCAAAGGAGACGUCAAAAGGAAAAGCAAAUGUGAUCCUUACGCUUAUCUGCCAUUGCAAAGAUCUGCACUUAAUAAAAGAAAUAAAAAAAAUAAAAAUAAGAAGACAAACUACUUUUUGUAAAUAUAGAAAUAGAUAGUCUUUUGACUGAAUCCACACUGGAGAAUUAACAAUAUUGAAUGAUGGAAUCCGGAAAAUACUGAUUGGGUUAUAAGGAGUAUUUGAAGACACUGAUACAGGGAAAAGCUAAACUUAUAAUCAUUAUUAUACACCUUCCAUAAGGAAAGGUGAAAUUGAAUACUAUGCCAGUAGCGGAGAGUGUACAUCAUUACACUGGUAAAGAUGAGAGAAGAAAAAUCAAAGGGCGUUGAUGAUGAAGAUGAGG